CCAGAGCUACAUCCAGUCAGUUGCUGUGUCUUCCGGUGAGCAAACGACACUCGUCCCGCUAUGUGGGUGUCAGGAAGACUUCUAUGUUUUACUGUUCUUUGGAAUUUCACAAGUGGAACCCCAGAACAACCAAACAUAGUUAUAAUUGUAGCAGAUGAUGUGGGCUGGAAUGAUGUUGGAUUUCAUGGAUCGGAUGAAAUACAGACACCAAAUAUUGAUGCUUUGGCAUAUCAAGGAGUUGUUUUGACUCGCCAUUAUACUUUGCCAUCUUGCACUCCAUCACGAUCUGCACUACUCACUGGGCGUUACCCCAUCACUACUGGAAUGCAAGGUUAUCCACUACGAGCAGGUGAACCACGUGGUGUACCACUAUCUGUACAACUUCUUCCUGAGCAUUUCAAAAGAAUUGGUUAUGCAACACAUGCCAUUGGGAAGUGGCAUAUUGGCAGCCAUAAAUCAAAUUUCACUCCCACAUACCGAGGAUUUGACUCACAUUUUGGUUACUGGUAUGGAUACAUUGGGUAUCAUAACCAUUCCAUAGAACAAGAGGUACCAAACCAUCAACCAAUACAUGGACUAGAUAUGCAUCGUGGCCUUUCAGCAGCAUGGGACACAAAAGGAACAUAUGCCACAGAAUUGUUUACCAGAGAAGCAGUGUCCAUUAUUCAGCGUCACAAUGCCUCAAGUCCAUUACUUCUCUAUAUUGGCCACUUAGCUCCACACAGUCCACUAGAAGUUCCUGAUCAAGCAGCUGCUGAUGAAAGGUUCUCUCAUAUUACUGACCGAGAAAGGAGAAUAUAUGCAGAAAUGCUUUGGCACCUUGAUGUGUCUGUUGGUGAAGUAAUAAAAGCUCUGCAACAAUGCAAUAUGCUCAAUAAUACAGUGAUUGUGUUCAUAUCUGAUAAUGGUGGACAACCUCAUGGUAUACACUAUAAUAAAGCAUCAAACUGGCCACUAAGAGGGACAAAAUUCACUCUGUUUGAGGGUGGCAUAAGAACUGUUGCAGCUCUGUGGACUUCUAAACUAAGACAAGCGGGCAGAGUUAGUGACAUCUUUGUUCACAUUACAGACUGGUUGCCAACACUUUACAGUGCUGCAGGAGGCAAUUUGUCAGAUUUGGGGCCAGUGGAUGGGGUGAAUCUUUGGCCAUGGCUAGGAGCUAGCAAUAGUACACACAUUCCCAAAGGGCCCCCACCACGUGUUGGGAUGCUGCUCAACAUAGAUGAAAUUUUAGGACUUGAAGCAAUUAUUCAUGGCCGCUGGAAGCUUACACGUGGAUCGUUUCAUAAUGGUCAAUAUGACAGUCACUCGGAACAAACAAGUCAACAGCCCAAUGGAGCGGACUCUAUUGCAAAUGCCUUAUCAGGAUCUGCUGCACAUGCUUUAGCAUCAGCUGGAAUAUCUGGACUGACAACGAAGGCCCAAGCAUUUACAGUACGCUCCCAGGCAACUAUUAACUGCCAAAAAGAAAUGUCUUUUUUGCCUAAAAAUCUUACAGGAACACCAUUAUGUUCUAGUAACUACUGUCUCUUCAAUAUUUUUGAAGACCCAUGUGAAGUGGAGGACAUUGCUAGCAGCAACCCAACAAUAGUUACAUCACUCAUUCUGGAGCUCAAUAAAUUUAGGUCAAGACUAGUCCCACAAACAAACUGUCCUGUUGAUAUAUCAUCUGAUCCUGCUCAAUUCAACAACACCUGGCACCCUUGGCUUGAUUAGGCUACUAAGAAGUUGGUUUUGGUUGACAGACAAUAGAAAAGCCACAACCAAGUGAGAUAAACGUGUGUCAGAGUUACAUUGUUUCGUACAGUAGAUCUAUGAAGAUCAUUUGGUACAGCAUCUUCUGCCAGAAAAUUUAAUAUCUGACAGUUUUUUGUGAGAUUAUCAGUGACAUUAACUCAUCAGUCACAUUUGAUAAAUCAUAGAAAAGAACCUUUAGGGAUGUGGAAAUAUGCAUUAUUAAUUCAUAGACACACUCACUGCAGGCUACUUAUGGAAAUUAUACUAAUAACCAAUUGCAACUAAUGCUAAUCUGCUCCUGUUUAUAAUGAUGGGAAUUAUGUCCAGAUUACUAUUAGUAAAAAAAAUAGCUACUUUAUAAAGAGCCAGUGCUUUCCCUCUUACACUGCUCAUUUCUGUUCUUAUCUAAUACUUCCAACUGCGCACUUGGGUAACUUUACACAGAACACUGUCAGCUGUCUAUACAUUAGUAAAACUUUGUAUAAUGUGAA